AUGAAAAUAUUAAUCGCCAAAGUUUUAGCUAUUACCGCUUUAAUUAAUUAUGUUAGUGUGAGCGGAUCAAACAAAAAUUGUUCAUUAAAUAUAAAAUCAACUAUUAAUAAAGGAAAAGAUGAUGCUAGCAAUAAUGACCAGCCAAUUGUUCCAAAUGGAAAUUCAAACGAUGAUAAAACGGGCAACAAUGGCAACACAAAUAACAAUGAACAAAAUAACAUUCAAAAUGGUGAUGAAUUAAAUAACAAAAAUGCUAACUCUAAUGGCCCUAUAGAUGUAGUAAAUAAUUCUGAACAGCCUAUUAAAGGAUUGUCUUUUGACAAAUUAUCGAAUGGUGAUAAAAUAAAAUCUAUACUUGAUUCUCUUAUUGAAAAUGAAAAAAAUAAUGAUGGUAAUAAUGGAAAAGAUAUGUAUAAAGUUAUGAUGAAUAACAUUUUUAAAGGAAUAAAUAAUAGUGCUGAUAAUGAUACAACUAAUUCCCAAAAUAAUAAUGUAGAUGAUAUUGGCACUUUCAAUAUGUCACAAGAUAAUCAUGAACAAUUAGAAAAUUUAAAAAAAAAUAUAGAAAAUGCAUUAAAAGAGCAUGGAAUAAAUAUUGAUGAGUUGUCAAACAAUUUUUUGAACGGAAAUAAGGAAGAAGGCAAAGAUGCAUUUAUGGAACUUUUAAAAAAUAUGUCUCAAGAUGACAAUAUAAUUAUGAAUUUUCCUGAAAUUACAAAAAAUUGUAAUUUCCCCAAUUUAGAUAUACCAAAUAUAUUUAAUUUAACAGAUGCUGGUGUAGAUAGCAUCGAUUAUGAUAUCGCAGAGAAAAAUAACGUAAAUACAUUAAAUGCUAAGAAUGACAAUACAAAAGAAAAUGAAGAUGUUGGUGAAGAUAAAUACACAUUGUUUGAUAACUCUAAUUCUGAUGAAAAUGUAAACAAUGAAGAUAGUACUAUUGAAAAAGGGCAACCUUCAAAUGAUGAAAACUUAAUAAGCAGUGGUGACUGUGUAAUUGGUAGCGAUAUUGGUAGUGUUAGUGGUAAUGAUAGUGGUUAUUUAACUGAAACUGAUAGUGGAAGUGUUAGUGGUAAUGGUAGCGAUUAUUUAACUGAAACUGAUAGUGGAAAGGGAAGUGGAAGUGAAAGUGGAAGUGGAAGUGGAAGUGAAAGUGGAAGUGAAAGUGGAAGUGGAAGUGAAAGUGGAAGUGGAAGUGAAAGUGAAAAUGGAAGUGAAAGUGGAAGUGAAAGUGAAAGUGAAAGUGAAAGUGGAAGUGGAAGUGAAAGUGAAAGUGAAAGUGAAAGUGGAAGUGGAAGUGGAAGUGGAAGUGAAAGUGGAAGUGAAAGUGAAAGUGAAAGUGGAAGUGGUGCUGAAAAGAAUGCCGUAUCUAAUGAAAACUCUACCCAAGAAAUCGAAGAUUAUGAAACUAACAAUGUAGAAGAAGAAUUAAUAGCCUCAUCUUCCAUGAAUAAUAACCAAAAAGACAAUACCACAAGUUUACAGGAAAAUGAAUAUUUAAAACCAGAUAUAUUCAAGCCUAUUGCUUCAAAAGUAGUUGUAACAGAUCAAACUAAUAAAAAGUCCACACACAAAAAAAAAAAAAAUAUAAAAAAAACAAACUACCCCAAAACAAAUUUAAGAAGAUACCCACUUGAGCAAUCAAAAAUAAAUGAAAUGCUAGACAAAUUUGAAAAUAGCGAAUUUUAUAAAACUGUUCUAAAAAAUAUACUAGAUAAAUAUAUUAUUUUGGAUGAUAUUGAUCAAAAUAAGGGAAAAAAUAAUAAUAAAAGGGAUGGAGAGGAUGUAGAGGAUGAAGUAAAUAUCAAAGAAUUCAGCGUAAAAGAUCUUAAGCAAUUAAUUCAAGACAAUAUACUCGAUUAUAGUGAUUUAACAGAAGAAGAAUUAACAAAAUUAGCAGGACCAGAUAAAGCGUUCUAUGAUUUAUCACCAUAUGCCAAUGAAGAUAAGGAUUUCUCAACAAAUUAUGGAUCUACUCUUGAAAAUGAACAAUUAACUACUUACUUAAAUAAAUUUGGCCAAUAUCAUAUGAGUUAUGACAGCAAAACUCUUGACUACUUAAAACAGAAAAAAUCCGAGAAAAAAGAAGAAGACCAAGAGGAUGAAAACUUUUACGAUGCUUACAAACAAAUUAAAAGUUCAUAUUAUGGUAUACCCUCAAACUAUUAUCAUCAAGCACCACAGUUGAUUGGUGAUAAAUAUGUCUUUACAUCUGUAUAUGAUCAAAAAAAAGAUUUAAUUAAAUUUUUAAAAAAAACAAAUGGUAAAAGUCUUUACACCCAUCCCGAUGAGCUUGGAAAUGGAAAUACAGAAAACAAAACAAAAAGUGACCAAAAUGAUAAAUCUCCAGAGAUUAAGCAAUUGCAAAAAUUGAGCUAUUAUAAAAGAAAAAAUGCAUAUAACAUUCUUGUAGAACAAAGGCGUAUAGAAAAGGAAGAAAAAGAAAAAAGGGAAAAAAAAGCACAAACAACCAAUACAUCGAUCAAUGAUGAUUACAUAAAGCAUUUGAAUAACGGUGGUUUAAACAAAAGUACUGUUUUAUUUUCAAAAGACGAGCUUGAUAAAAUGGUAAAUGGCUUAUAUUCCCAAUCUGGAAACUCAAAUGGUGAUUCCGUCAAUCAAAAUUUCGAUAGCAUUACAGCUAAUAUUAAAAAUGUGAGUAAUGAACAAAAUGAUAAUCAAUCUAAUGCUUUUGUCAACGAUGGCAACAGUGAUAAUGAAUUAUUAGAAGAUUACCCAGAGGAUGAAGAUGAAGAUGAAUAA